GUGCAUUUGUUUGCAUUCAGUCUACGUCGUUUACUUUGACUUUCAGGCAACAAAAGUUCAUGCAAUCAACUUAAUUGCGCUUAAUUAAACACUGCACACAAUUGCAGCAAAAGCAAACUGAACUUUCGAGUGGUCAGAUUAUCCCUUAUCCGACCAUUAUCAACAACGAACAGCAGUAAUCCUGCGCCACGAGCAAAAAUGUAAACCUCAGUAUCGUCGCGAUGAUGUUCGAGUGUUGUGUGAACUGUCUGGCGCGAUGGAAACUCUGGAUCCGUCCGCUGGCAAUCUUACUCUACGCUUUGGCUGCACUAGUUUUUGUGCCGUUUUUUCUAGCCAAAUCAAUUCGCAAUGGCUUCAAUCGUCGCGAUCAAGAAAUACUUAUUGCAGGUGUUUUUGCUUGGGUUGCAGUGCCACUUUCUCUUUGGGGAAUCAUUCUGCAUGUGAUUAAUUACACCCAGCCAAAGUUACAAAAACAUAUCAUCAGAAUAUUAUGGAUGGUGCCAAUAUAUGCAAUAAAUGCAUGGAUUGGACUACUUUAUCCAAAACAUUCAACCUAUGUUGAUAGUGCAAGAGAAUGUUAUGAAGCAUAUGUGAUUUACAACUUCAUGAAAUUCUUACUGAACUAUCUAAACAUGGAAAUGGAUCUUGAGUUCAGUUUAGAAGUGAAACCACAGGUGAAACACAUUUUUCCAUUGUGUUGUCUGCCUGAUUGGGCAAUGGGCAGUGAGUUUGUGCACAUUUGUAAGCAUGGAAUUCUUCAGUACACUGUUGUGAGGCCUUUUACAACUGCAAUCUCAUUUAUUUGUAAAAUUUAUGGAGUUUAUGGCGACGGUGAGUUUCGUGGGGAUGUAGCAUUCCCAUAUUUAGUGUUCAUAAAUAAUUUGUCCCAAUUUGUGGCAAUGUAUUGUCUUGUGAUGUUCUACAAGGCGAGUUUGGCUGAAUUGAAACCCAUGCGGCCAUUACCUAAGUUUUUAUGCAUCAAGGCUGUGGUGUUCUUUUCAUUCUUUCAAGGCGUAUUAAUAGCGUUACUAGUCUAUUUAGAAGUGAUCAAAGCGAAUAAAUCAAACGAUGAAGAUGGUUCAACAAUAUCAUCACGCCUACAAAACUUUUUAAUUUGUAUCGAGAUGUGCAUGGCGGCCAUUGCACAUCACUAUUCUUUCUCGUACAAACCGUACGUUCGUCCAGGUUAUCAGUCACAGAGUUGUUGCAGUGCGUUUUUGGCCAUGUGGGAUAUUUCUGAUGUUCAGCAUGAUAUAACUGAACACUUAGGAAUUGUUGGAAGUUCAAUUUCGAGGCGAAUAAGAGGUAGAAGUAUGUACACGUUGACACGUGGCAGCGACGAGUAUUCUAACCUUGUUGGGCGACAAGCGUCUAGCGCGCCAUCUAACGGAUUAUAUCAAAACGACACCGAUCCUCUUCUUACUUAUGGCACUAUCGAUGUGAAAACCGAAGCAAACGAUCACGUAUUUGUGCCUGACAAUGAAAUCUACACGAAUGUGGAGAAGGAUCCGAUUGCGAGAUCGUAAAGAUUUCAAUCAAACUAAUCAGAUUUCAAAAAGGAAUACAUCAUUGUUCAUCAAAUAAUGGAAAAGGCUGUUUGAAUUUUUAAUGUGCUUAUUUAUCUACUAGUUACUAGCAUAUUUAGUUUGUAAUAAAUUUUAAAGUUUCCUUGAAACUACAAAUGAACAACCUAGUUGGGAAGCAAAUCUAAUGGUAUUACAUACAUAUAUUAAUUGUGAUAAGACUACAAAUGUUUACCAAAGUGUGAGUUUUAUAAAUUUUUCUUAGGUGUAUUGUGUUUAUGAACAAUGCAAGACAGCUGUUGGAUAACUAUCACUUAUAAAGACUUGUUUAGAUCUAGAUUUAUAUUUAUAUACAUAUUUUAUGUUUGCUUUAAGUUUACAACUAGUGUAAUCAAUAUUAAUUAGGAAGUAGAAAUGUAAAAAGCUAAAAAUGUCAAAUAAUGAAAUUUUGUAUUUCGGAAUUUACAUUGAUCAAUCAAUGCAGUCAAAAUAAGUAACUUUGUGAUGUGUAAACUAAACAAUAAGAACAAAUUAUUCUCGCUUUUUGUGAACGCCGAGUGAUUGGUUGAAUAAAAUAAUAAAUUCAAGUAUUUACCUUUA